AAGAAACCACACAAGCAGCAAAACCAAAAAAAACAACAACAAACCUUGCACGGGACCUCACGGAAAAGGCCACAAAAACACAACUUAUAGGCAGAAGAUAAACAAAAACAAUCCUCUUACUCCUUGAAACACACGAAGGAAAGUUGCAAUUAUCAGCGAGUGUUUAUUGCUUACAGGUUUAUUUGCUUUUGAUAUAGUGUUUGAAACAGGGUACUUUAUAGCGGGUGGAACACAGAUGACUGCUAUUACCGAGCUGAACCCUGAUGUUGUGAUCCACGUCAGGUUCCCACAACAAGAUGGAUCCGCAACACCGGAGGCUGAGAAGAGUUUGUCCAAGUUACUCUCUCAGUUGGAUAAGUUCGGGUUCCAUUCUCAGAUACGUCCGGACGAUUUUGAACAGCUGUUGGUGUUUGUCAAGCUGAGCAAUGAAAAGUUGAGUCAGUUGCUCAAGGAUCAAAGCGUCAAGGAGUACCUCUAUGGGCUCAGAAACGAGUUUGGCGACAACGAUUCCAACUUGUCUUCCAAUGAUAGAAUACCACUGGUUUAUGGUGCCUUGGUCAACCCUCUGGACGAGGGUGGUGCUGGUAUCACCGUUAACAGCGGGGAUUGGGCCUUUGUCACUAAGAUUGUCCCGAUAUGGGACGCUAAGGAGAGCGAGUCGUUGUUGAAAUCUGUCUUGAAGUUUUCAUUCACUGAAAGAGAUAUUGAGAGGAUAAGAGAGGUUGCCGGCUCAAGAGUGGCGUUGUACUUUGAGUUCUUGAGAAAUUAUUACAAUUGGCUUGUGAUUGCGUCCAUCGGGGGUGUCAUAUCGAGUUUAUUGUUUAAGAGAUUCUCCAUCAUCUUUACCUUUUUGAAUACACUAUGGGGUAUUAUCUUCCUCUCCAGUUGGAAGAAAAGAGAAGACGUCCUUCGUAUCCAAUGGGGGUUGCAAGGGGUCGAUAAGAUUCAAGUGAGAAGACAAGAAUAUGUUGGUGUUACAAAUGAACUCGAUUCCACAUAUUCUCCAAACGCUGGAAGAACUCUGAAGAAGUUGGCAUUCAUACCAGUUGCAAUUGUUGCUGCAAUUAUCCUGUUGUCCUACCAAAUCGCAUGUUUUUUCAUCGAGAUCUUCUUAACGGAGAUUUACCAAGGCCCUGGUAAAUUAGUCCUUGGUCUUGUCCCAACAGCCUUGAUUGUUGGAGGUGUUCCAAUCUUCACAGCAAUUUAUGAGAUAUUUAUCAACAAGGCAUUGACAUGGGAAAACCAUGAGUUCCAAUCAACUUUCGAAAAGUCCCAAUUAGAGAAACUAUACGUUUACAACUUUUUGUCAAGUUAUGUUCCAUUGUUCAUCACCGCAUUCUUCUACUUACCAUUUGGUCAUAUUGUGAAUUCUUACUUGCAGAGCAUUGGUUAUUACACCUCUUACUGGAGAAUUCCGAUUGUCAACGAACGUUACCAAAUCAAUACACAGAGAUUGAUCACGCAGUUCAGUUACUUCACCCUCACUGCCCAAGUUGUCUCACUUUUGACUGAAAAUGUUGUUCCAAUUGCCCUCAAAUUGGUUAAACAACGCAUCAAUGCAAAUAAAAAGUUUGCCAAUCUCUUGGAUGCUCCUGAGGAGAAGAAGUAUUUAGACAACGUACGUGAACAGUUGGACAGACCUUCAUUUGAUGUCAAUAGCGAAUACAGGGAAUUGGCUACACAGUUUGGUUAUAUUGUUCUUUUCGGACCAGUCUGGUCUCUGUCACCAUUGGCUUCCUUGUUCUUCAAUUGGAUUGAAAUAAGAGGAGAUGUUGAAAAGUUGCUCUUUGAGUCCAGCAGACCAAUUCCUCAAAGAGUUGAAUCGAUUAGACCUUGGAAUACACACCUGAGAAUCUUGACAUUGAUUGGUUCAGUUGUUGGUCCUUUAGUGACAACAAUGUAUCGUGAUGAGGAUAACGUUUUGCAAAGCUCUGACUACUCCUACACCAAAUCAGUGGUUUCUACAUCAGGUUGGAAGUUGUUUGCAAUUUGUCUCAUUUGUGAAAACCUUUUCCUUGGUCUCAGCUUUGCGGUUGAUGCUAUUCUGGGAAGCCGUGAUGACCGUGUCGAGAGAGAACACAAUGAAAGCAAUGUUCAUCUCCGUCGUUCGUAUGUCGAGGCGUAUGUUAAAUCUGAUCUUUCUAAGAAUACCACUGCACUUUCACACAGAGAUGACUGGGAAGAGUUUCACAAUGAAAAGGUGUUGAAGCAAGCUCUGGAAUUACCAUCACUAUUGGCAGGUGCAAAUAAGCUGAAAGUUAAAGAGAAGGGACUUGAAUCAGAGAACAAUACAAAUAUCGAGGAGAAGUCAUCUGGCUUCCAGCAACAUGAAAAAUCUGACCUCCGUUCCACAGUAGCUUCGAAGUCCAUUCCAAAAACUGAAGUUCCUGUUAUUUUAAUAGCAGAGCAGACUACCCCUGCAACAACUGCUAACGGGACUUCCCAACCAUCACAAGUUGCUGUUCCAAUAUCCACUAAACUCAAUUCCAGUGGUAAUUCCAACAGUACCAUUCCUGCUGUGACGAAUGCUACCAUUUCUCCAUCAAAAGAAAACGAAGAAACUGCCAAUUCCAACAAUACUGAUGACUCUCCAACAAAAAGAUCCUCAAUAUCUUCAUUUUCAUCAAGCUUAGCCGGUGCAACCCUGCCACCUGACUUUGAAAAGAGGUUGUCAAACUCGAGAUUGAAUGUCAUCUCACCAGCUCAAAGGGAAAGAACACCAGAUCUUAGAAAAGUUGAUACUCCUGCCAGCAAAGAUUCUGCAUCUUCUUCCACAGGGUCCAAACAGAGAGAAUCGAGGGAGAACCAGUCCACCACUGUUCCAUUGGAGACACCUCUUUCUCAGGCAGCAGCAACCUUGAAUGAUACCAUUGAAGCAACAUCUGCAAAUGUUGCUAGUUCUGCCAAAUCGUCUAAUACCGAAGUGGCUCACAAGGCAAAUAAUGCAGUUCAAACUUUUUCUGAAAAGGCUCAAGCCGUUGUGGCAGCCUCCUCUGCCACGGUUAAGCAGGAAAUUGCAAAAGCAACAACAGAUGUACCAUCAGUUGCUGAGCCACAGCAUACAGUGGAGCCAGUUACUCAAAAUGCUGAAAACCACAAGACUUUGUCGCCACCAAAGGCUGAUUUUGAGGAUCAUGGAUCUCUAACCAGUCGUUCCUCUUCCGUCAGAAAGAAAGGGCUGCUUUCAAAGGUUAAAGGUGCCAUUAAAUCAAAAGGAGGCCCUCAUAGUCCUCAUGGUAGCAUCCACAACACUCCAAAGAAGUGAACAUGUAACUUCAUAAAUGUCUCUCCUACAAUCUACAAUAUAUAUACAUAGUUCACAAUUAUCUUCAUUGAUUGUAUUUCAUCGUUCUAUGACUUGAUGAUAUCAACCCUUGCCCUUUUCCA